CGUCAAAAGCAAAUGAAGAGUUCUAAGGAAGGACCAGACUAGCACUAUAGGGAAGCUGCCUGAAUCCAGUCUGCACGGUAAAGAGAUGAGCUGAGGAUGAAAGAGCAGGAAUCUUCGCUGGUGCGACUGUCCUCUAGCAGAGAAACACUUUCACGCUGUUGUUUUCUCCCCAAUUUAACAACUAAACUAAACAAUGCCAGGAAGACAACCCAAUUUCUAUGGCAACCUAACAGUGUUUUUGCUUUCUGCCAAAGCCAAUUGCAUUCUAAUUUUUAAACUCAUCGGGCUGCUGAACCUGCUGAAUGUGACUGUUUCAUGUCCAUUAAAAUGCUCUUGCAUUCAAGAGACUGGCUUUAUGCAAUGCCAUUUCCUUCAGGAUAUCCCAAAGGAGAUCCCUCACUGGGUACAAAACCUGUCAGUCAAUGGUAGUAAUAUCACCACACUCCAAGCUGCAACCUUCAGGAGUAAUGGAACUCAGCUGAGCAACCUAACCACUCUUGUUUUAACUAAUAACAAGAUUCGGACCAUAGAAUCUUUGGCUUUUCAUGAGCUGCCUAACCUUAUUACCUUGGACCUAAGUUACAAUGUCCUACAGGAUAUAUCUAACAACGCAUUUGUGGGACUGACUCAUCUGAAAGUUUUAAGACUAAACCAAGCCUUCCGUGGAGCAGUUUACACAACAUUUACAAAUAUGCGAUGGCUGAAAAACGUGAAAAGUUUAAGAACCUUGGAGAUAUUUGGCAAUGGUCUACAGUCAUUCCCAAGUGGACUUUUGGAAAUUGAGAACCUACAAGUUCUUAACAUUGGAAAUAAUUCCAUUAAAAUGUUUGACAAAAUGACAGUUUUAUGGUUUAAACGCUGGAACAUUUGGGUUUAUUUAAGUCCAAAUCCUUUAGUAUGUGAUUGUAAGUUAAGUGAAAUGAUUUCAUGGCUCCGGAACACAACCCAAGUUUUGGAUGCUCAGAAUCUCCUCUGUUUUGCUCCUGAAAACUUAAAUGGGACACGUGUCAACAAUCUUGAGCUAGAGAGCUUCAAGUGUCUCAAUGAAAACCUGGAGACAGCAUCAUAUGUGUUUUUUGGAAUAGUUCUAGCUUUGAUAGGGUUGAUCUUUCUCAUGGUCCUGUAUCUGAAUAGACGGGGCAUAAAAAAAUGGCUGAACAAUUUCAGGGAGGCCUGCAGGGACCAGAUGGAGGGUUAUCAUUACCGCUAUGAACAAGACACAGACCCCAGAAGGUCGAAUGCUGCAACUGGAAUUUAGAUUAACUGGAACAUUAGCCAUAAACUAAACCAAAACCUUUAAAAAAAACAGACCCCCCGCUUUUUUUUUUUGGAUUGUUUAAGAGUUCACUUUCAAUGUAAGCUGGACAACAAAUAAGGGGAUGUUCUGGACAUAUGGGUGUGUUUGUAGAGACUGAUAUACCCCUUUAUCAUCCAACUUUUUUUUUCUGGUGAGUAUAGAAUAGCAGCUUUAUUAGCUAUCAGAAAUGAUUGCAAAGCUCUGGACACACAGUGUCACAUGAGUACCGGAUAUACUGUAGGGGAUAUAAUGUAAAAAUAUUGCUGGGUAAAUCAACCAUCAUUAAACUUUACUUUCAGACGUUUGUGGUACUAGAAUGGUAAAAAAAACAUAUUUGUUAUCAUCCAGUUCGCUUACAAAUGCUCAGAAAUGGGAGUAAAAUCUGAUUCCUAUAGAAAUCUGUCAUUUUUUAUUGUAAGGUUUGUAUUGCUCACCAUUAUGGCAUUUAAAGGGUUAAGUUAAGUUAGUGUGCUGGUGUGUCUGUCCUCUGGCCGAGAAACACUUCUCUCACGUUCACGCUGUUGUUUUCUCCUCCAUUUAACAACAAAACCAAAUAAAUGCCAGGAAGACACCCCUAUUUCUAUGGCAACCUAACAGUGCUUUUUGCCCCUGUCCCUUUACAACUGUUUCAUAUUCAGUGUAUCCAGUCCUGUGUGUUUAACGUGUAUCCACGUAUAAUAGAUUGAUCGUGUCAUGUGUACACUAACAAAGAUUAUUUAACUCUAUGAGUGCCUGUUAAAAAGUAGAUGUUCUUGUGUGAUUGAAAGUGUAGUGCAUGCAAGAUAUGCAUUAACCCUAUGAUAGCACGGUCUUUAAGUUUGCCUUUUUAAAAAUAUACACCGGUCAACGUGAUAGAAAGCAAAUGAACGCAAUAACUUUGUAUGGGUUUAAAUGGCAAAUGAAGAAUCAUUAACACAAUGAGGAUUCCCUAGUGACGAGAAAAGAUGAGCUCCAUUUUUUGAUCAGGUGAAAAGGUUGCUUAAAAGAGAUUUUUUUUUUUAAAAAAAAAUGAUCAAAAGAUACGUAGCACAUCUAUAAAAUACGAGACAAAGGAAAAGCAGAGCGACGAAAAAAGUACAAUUUGGUAAAAUAUUUCUCACGAUCAAUCACAAAAAGGACAUGGAGAAUAAUGGCAUGAACUUAUAUUUAAUGACAUAUAAAUUUGGUGAUCAUAUCAGAAUAAAAAUAAAAAGUGUUCAGAUGAGCUUUCUGUAAGUAAGGAAAUAUUAAAAGUAAAGCAAUCGCCAUGGAAACCAAUGAACUGUUUAUACCGAUGGCUCCAUUUUAAAACUUUAUCCCAAAAUGACUCUUCAAAGUGUUAGAUGUAUGUUUGGUUCAAAAUGAAAUUACAAGCAUGAGCUGAUCUGGGCUAAAUGUCCAAGUGACAGUGCUAUUCAUGUAUAAUGAGAACCUGGGAUUUCCUGCUAGGACUGGAAUAGGACAGCAGACCUCCAGUGCAGUCAGGCACAUGACAGACACCCCACUAAGGUGGAUGCAGGAAGAUAACCCCGACAUCUAUUGGUACUGACCCAGAGAAUCCAUGUACAUUGUUCACCAAGCAGGCAUCUCAUCCCAAGUAUGUCCUACUCAACAAAACAUUCUCAUUUCAUUACAAACUCACACAGUAAAAUAAAUAAAUACAUAAAUUAAUAAAUAUAAAGAGUUUUAUUUCAUUUGCAUUUUCCCAUCAUUUAUUUUGUUUUGUUGCCUGUCUCUGAACUGAAAGUAUAAUCCCUGAAAACAGACUCCAAGUUCAGGGCGUUCAGUGUGACUGGUUUCAGAUCUGGAUUUGCAAAGCUGUUUUCGCAGGAUCCGUCAAAUUUCGUAUUAGCAGCAAAAAAAACAGUGAGGAAGUGUAAGAAAAAAAUAGCUUCGGGUGCUUUUCACAUGAGCAGUGCUUAAUCAUAGGCUGUGACACCAAAAGGAAAGCUCCUAAACAGAUGGUUUGAAUGACGUUUCCGAAUUCUGAGCAUGUGGUGUGCAGCCUUAGCGUAAUCUGUGACAUAAAGGGACGGAAAAUGAUCAGAAUGGGUUCCACGGAAAACAGCAACAGGCUUUAAGGGCUCGUUACAUUGUGUAAUAAAUACAAUCACAGAGUUUGUAAGUAAAGAAUAAUGUGAGGACAGAACCGAUAAAUAAGAUCCACGCCAUGUGGGGUCUUUAUUCAAAAAACUGAUUGCAAAACAAUAUUUUGUUGCAGUUUAUUGUGAUGUCUUUUUUUCUAACACAAUUUUGGAAUCG